AUUACAAGACAAACUACUUCCUUGAACUUCCCAAAGUAACUCUCUUUCUCUCCUCUUCACUUUCUCAGUCUCUGCUUUUCUCAAUUUUCACUGUUAUUUUUGAUAGAAAGUGAGAGAAAGAGAGAGAAAAAGAGGGGUCUCUCUUGGUCAGUGUACUAUACUUCAGCCCUCGCUGGCAUGGGCCAGUGUCAGGAGUCUGCUUUUUACUACUUUUUCUUCUGCUCUCUCUUAAAGCUUUAAGACCCAGCUAAACUCAUCCCCCUCUCUCUCUUCUCGCUCUUUUUCUAAGUAUUUCUUUUUAUUUACAAUCAAUAACACCAACUCCAGCAGAGCAGACCCCUUUCUAGUCUUCCUCAGACCUCAAUGACCCAUAAAAAGGCCAUGAAUGUUCUGUAAACACCACUUAUGGAAACGGGUUCGGGUUGUUUGACUCAGUCAGGUAACUCCAACGCCUCCUCUCCACCAGCUGAGUCAAUAAAUGGGUUGAAAUUUGGUCAAAAAAUCUAUUUUGAGAAUGCAGGGGCUGGGACUCCGGCCAAGUCUGCACCUGGGUCUUCGUCUUCUGGGUCUGGGGCCCCGGCUAGGAAGGUUCACGGUGGACAGCAGCAGCCACCCAGGUGCCAAGUUGAGGGGUGCAAAGUGGAUCUGAGUGAUGCUAAGGCUUAUUAUUCAAGGCACAAAGUUUGUGGCAUGCACUCCAAGUCUCCUAAGGUUACUGUUGCUGGUUUGGAGCAAAGGUUUUGCCAGCAGUGUAGUAGAUUUCAUCAACUUCCUGAAUUUGACCAAGGAAAACGAAGCUGCCGCAGACGCCUAGCUGGUCAUAAUGAGCGGCGGAGGAAGCCACCACCUGGAUCAGUGUUGUCAUCUCGCCAUAGCCGACUCUCUUCAACAAUUUUUGAUAACAGCGGCAGAGGCGGAGGCUUUCUUGUGGAUUUUAGUGCUUACUCAAGGCUCAAUGGGAGGGAUGCAUGGCCUGCUGCAAGAUCCUGCGAGCGGGCACCUGGGAAUCAAGCCUCAGCUGCGGGAAGGUCGAUUCCUCAUCCUGCAUGGCAGAAUAACUCUCAGAAUCCUCCAUCCAGCAUUUACAUGCAAGGUUCAGCAAGUGGGCCUGGUUUUUCAGGUUCUGGAAUUCCUUCAGGAGAAUGCUUCACUGGAGUCAGCAUCGCUAACUCGAGCUGUGCUCUCUCUCUUCUGUCAAAUCAACCAUGGGGCCCUAGAAACCAAGCUUCAGGGCUUGGGAUGAAGGACCUGGUUAAUCCCCAAGGGGUACCCAUGGCUCAAUCAACAGCUCCUCAUGGUGCAGCUGUCAAUCAAUAUCCAAACCCUUCUUGGGGUUUCAAAGCCAGUGAAGCUAGCAGCAGUUCACACGACUUGUGCCCUGAUCUGGGUUUGGGUCAAAUUUCACAGCCUCUGGACAGUCAGUUCUCUGGUGAUCUGGAGUUAUCUCAACAGAACACAAGGCAGUACAUGGAACUUGAUCACACCAGGGCAUACAACUCUUCUACCCAGCAUAUGCACUGGUCGCUUUAAGCGAUCCUUUUAACCGUCUAGUAUGGAAGUCGUCCUAAUAGACCGGAACUAUGCAUUUCAGGAAGGUGAUCUUAUGUUUUUGUUGGGGCAAACCCAUAACUGCUGGUUUGGCUUGUGGCCUUUAUUCGCUGAAGUAGUAAGAUAAUACUGAACUAACUAAGCAAGGUGUUAACUUUGCUCUAUCUAUCAUCAUUUUGUAGUUCUCUAGCUAAACUUUUCUGAUGUUUAGGUGUUGCUUGAGGACACGGGGUAUAUCACCGAGGUCUGGAAAUUAUGCUUGAAUUUUUCCUGGAAACAAUGGGUGAUGGGAUUUAGGACUUUCCUUGUAGGAGUCUGUAUCCCUCAAGUAUGAUAUGUGUUUCUAAGCAAUGGAUAUUGGUAUUUUGCUAGUUUCAAAUGUUGUUCA